AUGCCCCGGCUGUGGCAGUUGGAGGAGGCAUCGAGUUGCUGUUGCAUGAGGGGCGUGUGCCCAGGUGCCUGGAUGUCGCUGUUUGGGCACCGAAGAUGCGAGGUUGCGCCACUGCGAAGCUCAACAAAUUCCUCCUUGUCGAGCUCGGAUGCUUCUGUCGAGGAGGCCAAAGCAGUGACUAUGUUCGUUCACGGUUGGCAAAGUGACACCGUGGACAAGCUGAUGCGAGCGACUUUGGCUAGGUGCAGAUCCUCUUCGAGCCUUUCAAGCUCGCAAGAAGAUCUGUGA